AUGGGAGACGGUCGCCUUCCCGGGGGUGAUCGACUUUUCAAUGAAGCGGCGACGGAGGAGAAAGGCGAACGCGCUCGUCUGUCGUCGUUUGUGGGCGCCAUGGCCAUCUCGGAUCUUGUCAAGUCGACUCUCGGACCCAAAGGAAUGGACAAGAUUCUGCAGUCCACCAGCCGUGGAGGUGGGCUGAUGGUCACCAACGACGGAGCCACUAUUCUCAAGGCUCUACACAUCGACAACCCCGCUGCCAAAGUGCUCGUUGAUAUCUCCAAGGUGCAGGAUGAUGAGGUGGGCGACGGCACGACGUCAGUGGUGGUACUGGCGGGUGAAUUGCUGAGAGAGGCGGAGAAGCUGGUUACUGCAAGAAUCCACCCCAUGACCAUCAUUUCAGGUUACCGCAUGGCUCUGGAUUGUGCCCGGGAGGUGCUCAUCAGCAAGAGCAGAGACAAUAAGGACGACCCAGCUAAAUUCCGUGAGGAUCUUCUGCGCAUUGCCAAGACCACUCUGAGCUCCAAGAUUCUGUCCCAGGACAAGGAGCACUUCGCCUCGCUGGCAGUGGAUGCAGUGUUGCGUCUCAAGGGCAGCACCAACCUGGAGGCCAUUCAGAUCAUCAAGAAGGCCGGUGGCGCCCUGUCCGACUCGUACCUUGAUGAAGGCUUUAUUCUGGACAAGAAAAUAGGGGUGGGGCAGCCAAAGCGGAUCGAAAACGCAAAAAUCCUCGUUGCAAACACGGCGAUGGACACGGAUAAGGUGAAGAUCUACGGCGCCCGCGUGCGCGUCGACGGUAUGGCGAAAGUCGCCGAGAUCGAAGCAGCCGAGAAGGCCAAGAUGCGGCAAAAGGUGGAGAAAAUCAUCGCACAUGGAAUCAACUGCUUCAUUAAUCGGCAGCUGAUUUACAACUUUCCGGAAGAGCUCUUUUCGGACGCGGGGGUGAUGGCAAUAGAGCACGCGGAUUUUGAGGGGAUUGAGAGGCUGGCGCUGGUGACGGGGGGCGAGAUUGCGAGCACGUUUGAGGACCCGGCUGGAGUGAAGCUGGGGCAGUGCAAGGUGAUCGAGGAGAUCAUGAUUGGAGAGGACCGCCUGAUCCACUUCUCGGGGGUGGCGCUGGGGGAGGCAUGCACCAUCGUGCUCCGAGGUGCCAGUUCACACGUCUUGGAUGAAGCAGAGAGGUCGCUGCACGAUGCGCUGUGUGUUCUGACAGCAACAGUGGCAGAUAGCAGAGUGGUGUGGGGCGGGGGCUGGCCUGAAGUCAUGAUGGCAACCCGAGUUGACGACCUUGCUCGCCGCACACCGGGAAAGCGCGCUCUAGCAGUGGAGGCAUUCGCGUCUGCCCUUCGCGCCAUCCCCACCAUUAUUGCCGACAACGCUGGGCUCGACAGUGCGGAGCUGGUGGCUCACCUGCGGGCAGCCCAUGCUGAUGAGAACAGCCGUGCUGGCAUUGACGUUAUCACGGGACAGGCUGGUGACAUGGAGGUGUGUGGGAUCUACGAGUCUCUCAAGGUGAAGCAGGCCGUGCUGAUGUCAGCAACGGAGGCAGUGGAGAUGAUCCUGCGUGUUGAUGACAUCAUCACCAAUGCUCCUAGAAGGCGCGAGGAAAGGCUAUGA